AUGGCUUUGAUCAAGCAAAGGAGUGAACAUUUCGAUGGCGAAAUGAAAAUCGAGGGACUGGUCUCUUCGAGUAGAUACACCUACAACGACAUUAAGAGGAUGACCAUCUCUUUUGAAGAAAAGUUAGGCCAGGGAGGCUAUGGUUUUGUGUACAAAGGCAAGCUUGAAAAUGGUCAGCUUGUGGCAGUCAAGCUUCUAAAGAAGCUUAAAGGCAAUACUAAAGAAUUUUUCAAUGAAGUUGCGAGCAUAAGCAAGAUUUCUCAUGUCAAUGUCGUCACCCUCCUGGGAUUCCAUUUCGAAGGAAGCAAAAGAGCUUUGGUUUAUGAGUUCAUGCCCAAUGGAUCCCUCAAAAAGUCUAUAUUUAACAAGAGUAACACAUUAGAGUUAGAUCAACUAUUCAGCUGGGACACAUUGUACCCAAUUUCCCUUCGCAUAGCUCACGGGCUAGAGUACUUGCAUAGAGGUUGCAACACGAGGAUCUUGCACUUUGACAUAAAGCCUCACAAUAUUCUUCUUGACGCAAACUAUUGUCCUAAGAUUUCCAACUUUGGUCUGUGA